AUGUCGAACAAUCCUCCCAAUCCCAACGACUACAACGACCCUAGUCGACGGGGACAGUAUCCACCACCUCAGUGGAACACCGGUCAGCCCGAAGAGAGUCCGCCUCCCUACCCACCGACCUCUCAAUAUCCAUACCCCCCAGCUUCCUACCCUCCGGCUUCUUAUCCUCCCCCCGCAGAAGCGCACCAGUAUCCGCCCCCGCCAGCGCAUUACCCCCCUCAAUCGCAAUACCCUCCGCAAUCGCAAUAUCCCCCUCCUCAACCCAAUAUGGCUGCCGUUCACCCAAUGCACGCCCAGCGGGACCCUUACCAACUUCCCCCUCCCCCAGGCGCCUACCGUCCGGACGUAGCAUACGGUCAGCAACCCCCGCCUCCGCCCAGCCCAUACGGCCAACAACCUCCACCUCCUGGCCCCGGUGCGCCGGGAGGUGUCGUCUACUCGGCUGCUCCUCGACAGAGAACUGCUAUUGCGUGUCGGUACUGUCGGAGACGAAAGAUUCGAUGCUCUGGCUUUGAACACAGUUCAGACGGACGUUGCACAAACUGUGUUCGCUUCAACCAGCAGUGCGUUUUCACGCCCGUUUCAUCUCAGGCCCAGGCUUUCGUCCCCGUGCAAGCCGCAUACCCACAUUUGAGAAAUGGUCAAGCCCCUGGGCGUCCCGGAGACCCGGUCGUGCUUUACGGCGCCCAUGGUCAACCGCUGCCCCCUCAGCAGCAACCUCAGCCGGAGACAACGCUUCCACCACCUCAGGGAAUGUACCAGCAUCCUUACGGCGCGGCUACCCCACCCCUUGCAACUAUGCAUCAAGAUCAUAGGCCUCGUCGAGGUUCCGGUUCUGGGUACGAUUACCCCGACCCUACCAAUCUAGCUCCGGUGACCCCAGUCACCUCCGCUCCGUAUCAGCCACGCGCCGCUCCUUACUAUCCGCCAACCCCGCACGAUCGUCGUCCUUCACCUCAAACUGCUUAUUCGUACGAUAACCGUCACUCUUCUUCUCCUCAUGGCUCACCCUAUCCUGGGAUGCAUCCGCCUCAAAAUGCUGCCACUCCUCCGCCUACUUCAACCCCGGGCUCAGCGCCUCGCAACGGGCUAAACGUGCGGGAUAUGCUCAACCCGGGUGAGAACCCAGGCCGCUCUAGCACAGACAGCGACAUGCUCAAUGCUUUGGACCGCCGCGGGCUAGGCCAGUAG